GUGUGACACCACAGAAAAACUAAAAGCUCUAUUGCCACGACUGGAACAAGAGCUAAAGGAUCCCACAAAGUUCAAAGAUUUUUAUCAGUUUACUUUUAACUUUGCUAAAAACCCUGGACAAAAAGGUCUAGAUCUAGAAAUGGCGAUUGCAUAUUGGAAUUUAGUCUUGUCAGGAAGGUUUAAAUUCCUAGAUCUUUGGAAUAAAUUUUUGUUGGAACACCAUAAAAGAUCAAUUCCAAAAGAUACUUGGAAUCUUUUGUUAGACUUUGGAAAUAUGAUUGCAGAUGAUAUGUCCAACUAUGAUGAAGAAGGAGCUUGGCCUGUUCUAAUAGAUGACUUUGUGGAAUAUGCACGACCAGUAGUCACAGGUGGAAAACGUAAAACUUCCUAACCCAGACUUGUCAAUAUGGACUCAAUAUGCUCUCUGAACUGCAUUGGGCAAUGAAGGUGUGUUCACUGAUUACUCUGCACACUGUUGCUGGUUUCAGUGGUCAUGAUGAGAUUCUGCAGACAACACUGAACUCCUUCCUUUCUGCCUCAAGAAAACGAUGGAUGACUUGAGGGCACUUCAAGAACAAACUUCAGAGGAUAGUCCAGGCUGUUUGUAGGCUAUUGGCUUCAACUAUUGUACUGGUUGUAUCAUAUAGGAUGUAGAUUUUUGCAUGAUUUUAUACUUUGGAGAAGUUUAGAGGCCAUUUGAUUAAAAGUUUUGACAGCACAGCAUGCCAUUGAGUUCAUGAUCCAAGGCGAACACCAGCAGCUCCAUCAAUAAACCUGUAUUAUAUUGUACUUAUAUUAAAAGCAGUAUUUGUGGUAUAUAAAUUAAAUC